GACGCUUGAAAGCGUCCUUCCACGUAGAGAGGGACGAGAUAAUGCCACCCUUGCGAUUCGCCAUGAAGACAAUCUCACUCGAUGAGAGCCCAGAUUUCACAGCUCUUUCGUACGUCUGGGGCGACCCUACAGACACCAUGCCGAUCAUUGUCAACGAUAUCGAAGUCGCUAUAACACGAAACCUGUACAGUGCCGUGGUCGCAAUGUCGAGAUAUCAAACGAGGCCGCCUUUUUGGGCGGAUGCUGUCUGCAUUAACCAGCGGGACAACGACGAGCGAAGCUCCCAGGUAAAGCUCAUGGGCCGCAUAUACCGGAACGCCUUGAGGGUAUGCUGCCACCUGGGUGAGCCAACACCCAACUUUGAGGCCUACGUACGGUACCAUUACCGAAUCGAUCAUAGACUGGACGAUCCUUGGGCGCAGGUGCUCCACGACUGGGACCAGCAAGGCAAAUCCGCCGAGUGGCAGGCGGGGCAAAUCACCGCCAUUCUUGUAGGACAGGUCGAGCUGCGCAAGCUGCCCUACUUCGAACGGAUGUGGACUUUUCAAGAGAGUCUUCUUCCAGCUGAACGCGCGCUGUUUUUCCUCGGCGACAUCCACUUCAGAUACUUCAACACGCGCAGAUGGGUAUGGAAAGAUCCGCCGCCCUUUGUUACUAGCGCGUGGAAACAGCACGAAAAGAAUCCAGAGUCCCGGGAGUCAUCGAUGCAGCCGUGGAUGGAGAUCUUGCACCGCGAAGUGGCUUGCACAACUGCAAAUGAGAUCCAGUUUGACCACCUCCUCCAACUGAUGAUUUUGGGCUGUGAGCAGUUGGGCAUUCUCACCCUGUCGUCACUCCUCUACAUGACACGCCUGCGGCGGUGCGGUGACCUGCGCGACAAGAUCUUUGGAGUGCUGGCCAUCCUCCCCACAGUCGAGUGGGAAUGCAACAAGCUCGGUGAGAUACUAGACGCAAUGCGCCGCCGCUUUAACCCUAACUCUAUACCCGCUGUAGAACAAGCGGUCAGUGACCUAUCUCGUCCCUUUUUUGACACUGCCGGUGCGAGGCAGGCGGCAAGGGACCGAUACCUUGCCAUAGACUAUCGCAAGUCCGUCGAGGAGGUCGCCAGGGACGCGUUGUACUACAUUGCGACGGUUGAGAAUGGAAAGGGACUUGGUCCGAUCUGUCUCUCGUACAUGCCCUACAGGUCUGCCUUGUCGGGCAAACUGAAGGAACGAGGCAACAAUGGCUUCAAGGGACAAAUGCAGCACCGGGGAAGAGACGGGAGUCAGCUGGAGGCGCUCGAAGACAAGGGGCAACCCACCGGCGUCCUAUACCCAUCCUGGCUGCCCGAUAUCACGAGCCGCAGACUCAGAGCGAGCUUUGCUUCCGGCGGGAGUUUUCCGUGGCCCAAAUGGUCUCAGAGCGUCGAGUGGCUACCACGGAAAGAUAGCCAAGGCGACAGUGAUCGACUGCGAUUUCGUGUCAGACCACUGGGCCGCGUUUUGCGGACAAUCAUCUUCCCGACCAUGGUUGAACGCAUCCACGACAUGGUUGCCGCCCUUUUGAAAGAAGCUUGGCCAAAAAUGGAUCCAUCUCUUGACGAGAUUGACCAGGAACUACUCUCGAUGCUGGAUGGGGCUCCUACUGGUCUGCUCCGCCCGAAUCUACCAGAGGAGCUGCAAGGUCGGAUUCGCGAACUCGUAUCUCUCAUCAAAUCGCCGCCGCCGCCAGGUACUGAGCCAGAAGAACCAGACACGAGCCUCUACCAGCGCCUCCGGUUGCUUCUUUUAAUGAAGAGGGAGGACAACUACGAACGGAUGCACAAUCGCGACGUGCCUGUCUGGCUCCUCAUCACACGUACCAUCCGCUGGCUGGUGCGUUCGCCCCCAGAAGCGGAUAGCUUGCAAUGGCGGCGCCAGCGGCAGUCGAUCAUGCACGCCAGAGACCGCCUGGCGGGACGGGUGCUGUUCGUGCUCGACUCGGGCAUCGUCGGGCUAUGCAGCGACGCUACCCGGAUAGGAGAUGUCGCUGCGCACUCGGACGAUUUUGGCAACACCUUGAUGCUGCGACCGGACUGUCGGCGUCACCAUCAGGCAGAGGGAGUCACGUGCGAUGGCAGUCCCGGGGCUGCGCACGAAUGCUCGGACACCGAUGACAUGGCUCGGCAGACACAUCUGCUGGUCGACUAUGCGUGUAUCGACGGCUUGAUCAGUGAGCAAAACGGUGGCAUGGAGACGGUGCAGGAAAUCAAAGACAUGGAAACGCACACCAUUGUCCUGGGCUAG